AACAGAACAGAAAAAUAUAUUAAAAGCUAAUUUGAUGUAACAUCAAAUACAUAGUAGGAAAGAAAAAAUUAAUUGAAUAAUUUGAAAUUAUAGUGACUAAAGUUAGAUAAAAAGAUUAUGUAUAAAAAAUACUCAACGAAAAUUGUGUAAUAAAAGAUUAAAACAUAUUUUUUAUUUAAUUAAAACAUUUUUUCUGCUAAUUUUGAAAGGGGAGCAAAACUAAUAAAGGAAAGUUAAGGAAACUCUUUGUUUGCAACUUGUAAAUUUCUUUUAUAGUUCAUAUAUUAAAGAAGGAAUAUAAUGCCAUUUAUAUCAAAAGAUUGGCGAUCGCCAGGUGAAGCCUGGGUAAAAUUAGAGGAUGGAAAUUGGGAAAAAUUAAAAGUAUUAGAAUGUGGAAAACGUAAAAGGAUUCCUUCAACAUCAGAAGAUGAUGAAAAUACGGAUGUAACAGCUGUACCUCCGCACUGUCAUAUUACAAUACGAUGUACAAAGGAGAUUGCAGGGUUUAAUGGUUUAGGAGAUGCUGUUCAACGGCUUGAUUUUCGCAGUUCUGUAAGAGAUAGAAGACGUUUCCAUUACAUAUGUACUUUGCUAGGUUUAAUUGUAACAGGGAAAGGUAUUGCAUCUUUACCAGGAAGUGCUCAGCGAUUAUUACUGCAAAUGGUAGAGGAAGUUGCUUCACAUGUAAGUGAUAGUCAACAAAAUAUUAAUGUUCUUCGUGGACUAGUUAUUCAACUUCAACAAAUUGUCAACCAAGAAAAUCAAAAAUGUUGGGGCAAGCCUUUAGGGAGUCAAAACCUGUGGUUAGAGCAUAAACAAACAAUUGAAAGGAUUCAAUCAAUGACAAGUCAAAUCCAAAUAACGCCGGACUCUUCUAUACGCCCGAGGAUGACUGAUUUACCAGAAGAAUGUAUUAGAGAAAUAAUAUUAAGAAUAGCCGACUAUAGAGAUUUAGAAGCUACCUCCAAAGCUUGGAAUGUGAUGUCUGCCUUAGUUAACGAACAACGCAUUUGGCGUGAACUUACUGGUUUUCACUUUAAUAAAAAUCAAGUUAAUUUUAUAUUAGAUAAAAAUAAAUCUCGUAUAAUUAACGAUGCAAAAGAUUGGAAAAAAGUAUUCCAUGAUUUAAGAAAAGCCUAUGGCGAACGAGAAGAUCAUCAAUUCAUAGAAAUUUUGUCUCUUUGUCGUUUCUGUUGCUGUUUAUUUUGGCCAUCAGAUGGGCAUCCGUGUAUUAUUGAUCAAUGUCCUGAUUUAAAACAACGGCUUACAGAAGCGGGAGAAGAUAUAAAGCUUUCACAGCCAGUACCUCCAGCUCAAUUUUUAAAGUUUUUCUCAUUAUAAAAUUAUAACGAUACAUAAAACUCAUCACCAAUCACUAUUAUUUAAUUUAAUUUUUAAGGAUAAAUUAUAUAUAUAUAUUUUUAUUAAUUAUAAUAUAAUUAUGAAAAUUUAUUAAAAUUGGUUGUAGCAAUUUUUAUUGAGUGAAUUUGCUUGAUAAAAACAUUGCUAAAAUUUAAAAACGCGAAAAAAACCAUUUAAUGUCGAUAUUAAACAAUACAUGCAAUAUUUCUGAAGCUAAAGGCAAAAGAAAAAUUAAAAGAUUAAACGUUAA